CCUCCUUCCGUUGACGUGUCCCUCCGGAAGAGGGGAGUGUGAAGGCGGCGAUAUGGCACCCCCUGCCCCUGGCCCAGUCUCUGGAGGCUCCGGGGAAGUGGACGAGCUGUUUGAUGUAAAGAAUGCCUUCUAUAUCGGCAGCUACCAGCAGUGCAUCAACGAGGCUCAGCGGGUGAAGUUAUCCAGUCCAGAGAGAGACGUGGAAAGGGAUGUCUUCCUGUACAGGGCGUACCUGGCACAGAGGAAGUUUGGAGUGGUCCUGGAUGAGAUCAAGCCCUCUUCAGCCCCAGAACUCCAGGCUGUGCGCAUGUUCGCUGAAUACCUGGCCAGUGAGAGCCAGAGGGAUUCAAUAGUCGCUGAGCUGGACCGGGAGAUGAGCAGGAGUGUGGAUGUCACCAAUACCACCUUCCUGCUGAUGGCUGCCUCCAUCUACUUCCAUGACCAGAACCCUGAUGCCGCCCUGCGUGCCCUGCACCAGGGAGACAGCCUGGAGUGCAUGGCCAUGAUGGUGCAGAUCCUACUGAAGCUGGACCGCCUGGACCUGGCCCGGAAGGAACUCAAGAAGAUGCAGGACCAGGAUGAGGAUGCCACCCUCACUCAGCUGGCUACUGCCUGGGUCAACCUGGCUGUGGGUGGUGAGAAGCUGCAGGAUGCCUACUACAUCUUCCAAGAGAUGGCAGACAAGUGCUCGUCUACCCUGCUGCUGCUCAACGGGCAGGCAGCCUGCCACAUGGCCCAGGGCCGGUGGGAGGCCGCCGAGGGUGUGUUGCAGGAGGCCCUGGACAAGGACAGUGGCCACCCAGAGACGCUGGUCAACCUCAUCGUCCUGUCACAGCACCUGGGCAAGCCACCUGAGGUGACAAACCGCUACUUGUCCCAGCUGAAGGAUGCCCACAGGUCCCACCCCUUCAUCAAGGAGUACCAGGCCAAGGAAAGUGACUUCGACCGGCUGGUGCUGCAGUACGCCCCCAGUGCCUGAGCCCACCAAGGUGCCUGACCAAAUCCCAGCUGGGAUGGCGAAGCAGGCGUGUUGCCUCCCUGCGACUCACCCUUCCCUGUCACCCCUUCUGUCAAUAAACAUGUCCAUUCUGAAUAUA